CGACCAUCGUACCGGCCCGACCCAUAUCCAAAAACAACCGUCUCUACAAAGAAGCUCAAAGUGGAAAUUCUUACUCCAUCAUCACCACACUAAACUCACCACGUCAUUACUAGCAGAAAUCUCAAGAUAAUAUAAAUUUUGUACAUUUUUUUUUUUUUUUUUUUAUUUUAAAUCUGGGGAGAAUCUUUUUCCACCAUUUUUCUUCACUUUCACUUUUUAAUCACACCAUCUUUCUUUGCACCAACCAAACGCGGCGUUAUCUCAUUGCUUCUCCCAAAACAAGAGAGAAAAAUUAAUUUUUAUAUUUUGAACAACAACAUCAACAAAUGGUUGAAGCUAAAAACCUAAUUUCGCCCCAAAUUUCUCCUUCAAUUUUCGAUUUUUCCCUUAAUUUGACUUGAAAUCUUGAGCUUUAAUCGCCAGAAAUUUGGAGGAAUUUGGGCGAAUAAUCGAUAAUUUGGGGAUAAGUUUAAUUUGGGUUUGAUUAUCGAUAGUAUUAGGGUUUUUUGCCACAACAUGUCUGCAAUAGUGUGUGGGAAGAGAUCGUCAAUUUUCGAGGAAAUUCCAUCGCCAUCUUCGAAGCGAAUUCGGUUUUCUUCAUCUUCUUCUUCUCCGGUUCGAUUUUCUGGUUCGCCUUUAUUCUUGAUUGAUCAUCUCAUCGCCAUUUUUCCUCAUAUGGACAUGAAGCUUAUUGAGCAAGCACUUGAGAACAGUGGACAUGAUUUGGACUUGGCGAUCAAAAGUUUGAAUGACCUCCGAUUAGGAUCUGCUGAUAAUUUUCCAGGUACCACCACUACUUCAGACACCCACUCACAGCCAAACAAUAAGCCACAAGUACAUGGUGAUGAAGGUGGAUCCACUAGAGACUCGUUAGUAUCCGAAAAUUUGCCUAGGGAUGGUGCUGAGUGGGUGGAGCUUUUUGUAAGAGAAAUGGCCUCUGCUUCUGAUGUAGAGGAUGCAAGAACUUGUGCCUCAAGAGCUCUUGAGGCUUUUGAGAAAACUAUAUGUACUCAUGUGAAAGCAGAUGCUGCACAAAAUUUCCAGCAGGAGAAUUCAAUGCUGAAAGAACAAGUUCAAGCUCUACUUCAGGAAAAUGGAAUUCUUAAACGUGCUGUGUCUAUUCAACAUGAACGUCAGAAAGAGUUUGAAGCCAAGUCACAAGAAGUGCAGCAACUUAAGCAGCUUCUGUCCCAGUGCCAAGAACAUAUAAGAACACUAGAGGUAAAUAACUAUGCUUUGGCGAUGCACUUGAAGCAGGCUGAAGCAAAUAAUUCUAUACCUGGUCGUUUCAAUCCUGAUAUCUUCUAAGAAUAUGGCGUUGAAUGGACAUUGUAACUUAAUGUAUUGUCUUUGCAAGCUUUAGUUCCUUUCGGUCGAAGCAUGCGGUCUGGACUGUUUUCAGAUGUAGAUUUAAUUUAUUAGAUAUAUGAACCAAAUAUAAGGUAUUACUCCGUAGUAUAUUUGAUCGCUUGAAACCCACAUUACAAUGACUUGUACAAAUUGUAUUGCAUUUUUGGUACUACAUGUUAUAUACUUAUAUGGUUUGGAUCUUGUAUUUGGUGCAAUAUUAUACUAUACACUUUAUAGCUUCCAAAA